AUGAAUCGGGGUAUAGUACCAGACGCUGCUGAGAACUUGACAAAUAUGUGCCGAUGGAAAAACUCAGGCAUCGAGUAUUUUUUCAACUACAUAAAAAUUUGUCCUCUUCACUACGUAUUCUGUGAUGACCUGGAGCCCUUCUAUCCUACACAAAUGGUCAUUCUAGGGUUGUUGUCACUACGGCUUCUAUUUUACUGGAUCUACAUCUUCCUCAAUUGGAUCAUUAUUUUGAUGUCCCCUCUGAAGCCAAAUGUAGAUCUAUUCAUCAACACUUGGGCUAUGAUUUCACUAUUCAGGGUAUUCGUCAACACCCCUCCUGUAUAUCCUCGGGAUGAUGAUGCCAAAAAGGAGGAGAUUGAUCAAGAUAUGAUAAUUACUGUCACUCAAUCCAAGAAAAAGAAAGGCUUCCUUCUUAGGGGAGCUAAUGAUGCUGAAGCUGGUAGUUCCUCAGCCCCCCGUAGUUUCUCAGUUCCUUCUCCUACCAUGAAAAGAAAUAUGACAGUUAAUUUGGAAGAUUUAUCUGAGCAAUGUAGAAUUCUGUUAGAAGAAGUCAGGGAAAUCAUGUUGUAA